CCUUCCACCUCUGCAAUUAACACUGGCAUCAAUCCUGAAUAUGUGUGCGUGCGUGCGAGGCAUCGAUACCAAAAAAGCAAGAAGCGUUCCUUCAGCAUCUCUGUAACAUGCAUGCCGGCGAGCAUGCCAUGUUGAUGAUAUGAUAUCCAUGUCAACUUACCACAGCAUGCAUCAGCUAGCACUAGACGCUAAGUAUUUAUACACCUAGCCUCUCCGAUCGAUCGGUGCAACAUCCAGCUCCACAUGCGUACGCCGCCGUCGCCGGAGAGAAUGCUGCGCUUCUGGAGGACGCAGAGGAGCGUCACGUCGUCGGACGCCUUGUCUGUGAGUAAAAAAACGGAUCGUGGAGAUGAACGUCCACAUGGACUGCGAGGGCUGCGAGAAGCGCGUGAGGAAGGCCAUGUCCCGUCUCGAAGGCGUGAGCACGGUGGAGAUCGACAUGGACACGCAGAAGGUGAUGGUGACGGGGUACGUGGACCGGCGGGAGGUGCUGCGGGCGGCGCGGCGGACGGGCCGGGCGGCGGAGUUCUGGCCGUGGCCGUACGACGGCGAGUACUACCCGUUCGCGAUACAGUACCUGGAGGACGACACCUACAUGGCGACGCACAAGUACUACGUCCACGGCUACAACGCCCCGGUAAUCGGCUCCUACCCCAACCACGCCUUCACCCACAUCGUCGACGACCACGCCCUCGCCUUCUUCCACGAGGACAACGUCCAUGCCUGCGCCAUCAUGUGACCUAACAAAUACUAGUAUAUCUUUACAUGUCAGCGGCAAAUAUAUCUGUCCAAAAUCGAACAGAGUGUGUGACCUAACAAAUGGCGUAAUUAAGUAAGAGAAAAUCAAAGGUAAUUUUAUCACCAAGUAAUGGUAAAGUAGAUGGUGAUGACACUAAAAGAGACACCUCAACAGGAGCAAUCCAAAGAGUGCAGUUGAUGCUAGACAAACGAACUGAAACACCGAACUAAUUAAGGUUAUCAAUUAAUAUGCGAGUUGUUCUUAAUUAAUUGCUCUAUGAAGAUCUUAUGAACCUGAAUUAAAGCAAGGGAGCAAAAGAACAGGAUCGCUAAUUCGCUAUCCUUUCGAAUUGACUAUUCGAUGGGCAAUCGAUCUGCAUAGUAUCAAUGCUUGCUGUUGACAGCACAAGGGGGAAAAAAGGGUGGUCCUGACAAUUUCAACUGCUGAUGCUAUCUAGGCGGCUGAGCUCGCUGAGGUAUCUCUGCUAGUAAUUUUGUCUGCAGAUAGGACAACAUGGAGAUCGAUAACUAGAAAAGCAAGAACUGUUCAAACUAUCCAAUGUCUCCAACCAAAAGUGACGACCCAUCCAUGCAUAUGUGCAUAUGUUCUUAUGCUGUUGUGGGGAAAAUAUUCCCGAGUGAGAUGAUAUGCAUACGGUGACAACGGAAGAAACAGGGUUCGAAUAUACCUUGUUCUAUGAUUAUAAAUACAGUUCUGAAUUCUGAUCAGUGGAUUAUACAUGCACAUGACCAAAGAGUAAGCUCAGUUCACACAUCAGACCAAAUUGAGCAUAGGUUCUUGUGCUGGCUUUCCUCGAGAAGAUAUUUUACAUUGGGAAUUGGGAAAGCGAGUGAAGAGAUAAAAUGUUCGAUAUGCAGUGCUCAAUGCCCUGUGUUGUUCAAUUGUUCGUUUUGUCAGGGAAUAUGAGCUAACUUGACCCAAUCUGGAUUGGAUUGGUGAAAUGAUAAGAGCGUACAGGCCAUCCGAUCCACGUUAUGUGAUCCUUUUGGGAGGAGUGUUCUUCAUUUUGUUUCCACGAGCCUGUGACUCAUUCUCCACUACCAUUUCCACCUUUCUGAACUUUUUGAGCUCAUUUAGAUUGAAGGGUUUUCAAUGAAAUUUUGGAGGAUUCAAAACCUUAGAAUUUUGUUUUCUCAUGAGACCCAUUGGAAGAAAGGAACAU